AUGGAGGAAGAGUAUUCUGGAUCAGAUGAGCCAAUGGAAUGCGAUGAUCAGGAUGAGCUAGAUAUGGCCUAUUCUGGUGACCCAUGUGAUUACCAGCAACAAGUUCUCAUGUAUCCUAAUUUUGAUCCUAUAUCUGGAAGAUCACCUUUACAUCGCGCCAAGGGAAUGUCACUAAGAGGGGCUGCAACUGCUUUUAACGUCCCAGAGUCGACUUUAAGAGAUCGUGUUCACGGAAGGGUCAGUUUGGAAUGCUCCAGACCAGGUCCACCAACAUUUUUCACUUUUGAGGAAGAAAAAAAAAUGGUUGAUCACAUUUUAUUUAUGAGCAAAAUUGGAUAUCCAUAUACCAGAAAUCAAGUCGUUGAACUGGCUGGAGAUAUGACAAAAUCUGUUGGAAGAAUUGCGCCCUUCAAAUAUCUUAACCCUAGUCAAGCAUGGUUUUAUGCAUUUUUAAAUCGAUGGCCCGAUCUUAAGAAUUUCCUAUUUGGCCCUCGAAGUAAUCGAAAGUCCAAAGGAGUCUCCGGAGAUUCAAUACAGUCUUAUUUUGAGCAAUUGGAUAAGGUAAUUGUUAAUAUCUCUAGUCUUAGCUCUUAA